CAAGAGAGGAUGCCUUCAAUACCAUCCAUAUAUGAGGUCAACUCCCCCAUUCCAUCUCUUCAUUAUAUGCAAAAACAUUUCUCCCCCUUUCUCUCCCUCCACAACCUUAAUUCACAUGGCUUCUCCCUCCUCCUCCACCGCCGCCACGGCCACCGCCAAGAAACAACCACCGCCGCCACCGCCAUCAUCAUCGCCAUACAUCACACCGAUCCUCCUCCCCCAGCGCCCGCGCCUCCACCGCCUCCUCCCCCACCGCCGCCGCCGCCACCUGCCCACCGUCCGCCUCGGCCCGCGGUCCCCGCGCCGCCUCUCCCUGACGCGAAUGCUGCGGCGCGUGCGGCUGCGGUGGCUGAAGCUCCGACACUCGCAGCUCUUCAAGCGGCUGAAGGAGUACUACCGGGGGCUGGUGAAGGACAUCAUCGAUGCCGGCGCCACCAUCGAGGCUUACCAGCAGCGUCUCAUGAUGGAGACCAGCCUCGCCGUCCCCAUGGGCGUUUCUUUCUCCAGCUUCCCUUCCAUCGCCGCCGCGGCCGGCGGCGGGAGCCGCCGUUUCUGAUCGUCAACAAACCAUGAAGAAUUGUGUACAAACCGUCCUCUUUUGAGCCCUUUGUGAGAUCCAAUUCUCAAAUCUUUUUAUGAAAAAAAGAAGAAGAAAAGCGUUAUAUUAUCAUCAUCAAGGAGCCAAUUUGUAUCUUUAUAAAUAUGAAGACAUAAUAAUAUCGAUGACGCUGUAAUGUGAGUUUCCAGUUUCAUUUCAUUAUUGUUGCUUCUUCUCUUCUCCGAUCCAAAUUGUUUCCUUUAGUUCAUUUCGUUUAUUUUUCUAUAUAUGGACGAAAUUUUUUAUCAUUCUACUGAUGGAAAUAUUAUGGAAUGGUCUCUAUGGGUCUGGCAUUAUUGAAUCGCGCGAAACGACAUCAUUCAAUAAGUGUUUACGAGGAUUUUAAUCAUUCGAGUCGGAGUAUAUGAGAUGAAUCCAUAAAACGUAAAAAUAUAUGUUGAUUGUUUAUAUUUAAGAAAUGUAAUCUCAACACUUAACAGAGCGUCACAUUAUUCACAUAGAAUUAUUGCAUUGUGGACAUACGCUGGCACAGUUAAUUUUGAGCACAUAAAAGGAUAAUAUUCUGACCAAUGCUUAACAGUUCUCAGUUCAUGAGCCAAAAGUAGUGCGUAGUAUUCCAAAUUAAUGAAAUUGAGGCCGUUUUGGUGUACGUUCGGUUUAAAGUUUUGCCAAAUUAAGUAUUUGAGAUGUUGGGUGGAAAAUGGAAAUAAUUUGGUACAAAAUUCAAGCCAAGCGUUAGCCUGAUAGAUUUUUUUGUUUGUUUGUUUGCUAUAUAUGUGGUGGGAUAACGGAAUUUGUUUCCAUAGUAACAUUAUUUUUUCCUUGCUAGAAACAUAAAUCAAAAAUUGGAAAACCGAUACGGUACAAGCUUGUAAAAGUGUUCGUUAAGAAAAGGGGAGCAGAUCCGGUGAGUAACCUUGUGGUGAGUAACCAUGAGUAACAUGUCCACAUCAGCAUGACAUCAGCAUCCUCUCUCUCCUAGCAAAUCUUUAAUUUUUUCCUCUUUAAUAUUUGACGGACGAUUUCUCACUCAUUUUAAGUCGAAAUUUAAUUUUUUUUACAGUUAGAUCAGAUUAAUUGUGCUCUUCAAAAUGAUAUCCACUUUAAUAUAUUUUUCGAACAAAAAAAAUUGAGCCAUUUUUUACCAGUCUAUACCAUAUGGUAUUGACUAGUAUUGAAAUAAAAACAUACCUAUGGUUUGAAAAAAAGUACCAUGGUGGUAUGAACAAACCAAGACUGUAGGAUGGUUGAAUACCUGAUAGUAGAAAUAUAUUAAUUGUCAUUUACGACAUUGUAUGGUAUUGUGUGGUAUUUUUUGGUCCUGUAAUUUGUUCACCCAGAAAUUUGUAGAUCUAAUAUAUCAUGAUGAACUCGUCCCUUCUGUGCAAACGUUUUCAAAAACGAAUUAAAAAUGAAGAAAAUACCAUAUGUUAUGCAGUUGGUACCGAGAGGCCAGAAUUUUUUGUUCUAAAAAAAUAUUGAAAAUUGAUCUCAUUUUGUAGAGCACGAUGAACUCGUUCCACCUGUGCAAAAAAAAUUAAAAUCCGAGUUAAAACGAAAAAGAUAUGAGCCGAUUAAGAAAGCUAGAGAAAAUAAAAAUGAUCUUUAAUUCUCCAUCCUUAUAUCUGGAUUUUCUAAAUGAAGAGUGCAGAUUUGGUUAUUGAUGGAUGCAUAACCCAUGGUUAUCCACCCUAUCUUGAGCCUAAGAAAAAGGCAUGGUCGAAGCAGGUCUGAUUAUACUACCUACGUGGAUUAAUUAUGAAGAUUAACCUUCUGAACAUGUUUUUUUCCAUUAUUAGAUAGAUGGUAAAUGAUCAUGAGCAAUUAACUUGAUAAUAAUAAAUUCAACUUAUUUUAAACAAUAAUAAAUUAUAGUUGCGUUAGCGCUCGAAUUUUUUUCGGUUUGAUAUUAUUGUUUAAAUUAAUUUUUUUUUGCAUGUCUGCUAGAUAAAAGUGACAACCUAACAAUCUGUCUAUACAAUACAUGUAAAAAAUAAUUAAAUUGAAUAAUCAGCUGGAUGGAAAUUCAAUAGGAGUGGCGUUAGGUUAGAUGUGCCUGUUGGAUGACAUUCUUUUUAUGUUAAUUACGUCAUUAGAGCUAAUAAGACGCAAUGCAACUUUGGCUUUUACAUUGUGUUUGUAGUGGUUUUGUAAACGCGAUUUUCAGGUUCAUUAAUCCAAAAAAAAUAUAUAUAUUUACCGACAAGUUCAAUCAAAUAGGAACGAAAGGAUUUAGAUUAAUAGUAAUAUCACUGACUUAGAACCUGGAGGUGUCAAGUUCGAAUCCUUUAAAUGAUAAAUAAGUGCUUUAAUCACAAGAAAAUAAAAUCUAUAUCACCCUUAUAAAAGUAAGUAGUUGAUUAAAAUAGGAAUGAAAAAUGAAAAACACACAUAAAUUCAGUUCUAAACCUUCCAAAAAGAUCAUGUGCCAUAUUUUUCGCGAUCUGCUUCUGACUCCGGAAUAUAUUAACAAUUAUUACAAAAUAUAUUUUUCGUUGAAAUUAUAAAAUAUUUUCAUGGGUACAUAAUAAAACAAAUAAUUGGAGAAUAUAAAUGGGCCCGUGGGGCCCAAUAUGUAACAGAACAAAGGCACAUCUUGUGACGUGUACAUAAGCCAUGUUGAUAAGAAAGAAAAAUUAACUAGGACAUAUAUCAAUAAUUGAUAUUAUUAAAUAAUGAUAAUUUAUUUAUUGUUGUUUUCACUGUCGGUUCGCUGUUGAUCACUCAUGAUGUGGCUGUAGGCCCAGUUUUCAUGUUAUAUAUAUGUGAAUUGUGAUGUUAUGUUAGCACAGAUUCCCCUUCCCAUCUUCAAGCUCAGAUCCAUCCUCACUAUACAACAAAGAUGGACAACUAAUCAACACAAUAAUUUAUGAAUUAUUAUAGUUAAUUAAGUACUGAUGAGAUACAUUACGACUGAUCACUACGGUCCUUGAAUCUCAGACUCCCACUAAGUAUUUAAUUAAUUAAAUACUUGCAUUUCACCCAAUAAUAUAUAAGAAUUUUAUUUUCAUAAGUUUAUGGAAUAUAAUGUAACCUUUCUAUGGAUUUCCUAGCUAAUAAGGCCAUAACACGCACUUAGGCAUAGGCGGAGCUAGAGGGCAUGGGAUGUGUCCCGGGACACAGGUAAUUUUUGGUAAAAAAAUAUAUCUAUAUGUAUAUUUAUGUAUCAAUUAAGGAUUGCACUGAUUAAUUUUAGGUAAUAUAAAAGUGUUUUAUCA